CGUCAAACAUAUGUCAAAUCGUCUUCAAAACAAACCAUUCCGUGCAGAAAUAAAGUGAAAAAUUUUUGUUCCGUUUUAGAAAUAAAAUGCUUCUGCGAUGACCGAUCGUGUGAUUAAUAUGUCGUCGAGCUUAGUAGAUUUAAGCGAUAAUUCGUAUCUGUGUCGUCUGUGCGCUUUGAAAACGUCAUUGCCGGCAGUGGAAAUGUUUUCGCAUGAAGGAUCAAUACGCGAGAUCAAGAAAAAGAUUGAAAUCUGUCUGCGUUUCAUGGUCGACCAGCACGAUUCCUAUCCCAAGUUGGUUUGCAGCGAUUGUGUCUGCAAAUUGGACAUUUCGUACGACUUUCUGAUGAAAAGUCUGGAAUCGCAACAAUUUCUGACGGAACUGGUUCAGAACGAUGUCUUCAACACGAUUUAUGUGUUGAAAGACGAUCAACAGCUGUGCAUGGCAUUAAAUGAGUUGCCCGGUCACGAUAUUCAAGACUUGGAAAAUUUAGUUGAUGAAGCGCAUAUGCAUCACACGGACAGCAAUGAUAUAAGCCAGAUAAUUCAGUACCAUGACGGAGAGUUGAACGACGAACAAAUUCAAGCCAUGAACAGCAAUUUACCGAAGGAUACUGACUCCUUGCCUGAUAUCGCCCUCUAUUCCUUUGACUCAAUGGAUAAUGUGAAGGACACAGACUACCUGAACGAAGCGAAUUUUCAACAAAACUCCAACUCGUCAAUACUGGACAAUGUUUUCAACAGAACGUGUGCCGAAAUUGAGGAGAAACCCGUAAAAGAAACCAGCGUUGUUAAUAACAAGCAGACUUGCAACAUUUGCAACAAGACCUUCCCAACGAAUUACAAACUUACCGAACAUAUGAAGAAACACGAGACACCUGCACCGUUCAAAUGUAAAAUGGAAAGUUGCGCCAAGACGUUCCGAUCGAAGAUUGGCUUAAUCCAGCACGAAGCAUCUCACACCGGCGAUUUUAAAUUUUCUUGUGAUGUGUGCGGUAAAGGAUUCCAAAUCAAGAGCUAUCUGACCAUUCACAAGAAGAUCCACUCGAACAUUAAGCCGUACGCAUGCAGCAUCUGUGGUCUGGAAGUGAAGGCCAAACAGGCAUUGAUCGACCAUGAGAAUCGUCAUCUGGGUGUUAAGAAUUACCAAUGUUCACAGUGCGACAGAAAAUUCAUCUCGAAAUCGAUAUGCGCGACACAUGAAAAGACUCAACACUCGACCGAAUCGAAUCACAAGCAUCCGUGUCCGGUGUGCAAGAAAUUGUUUGUGCGAAAGUCGUAUCUGAAAACGCAUAUGACCAUACACAGCGGAAACAAGUUAUUCAUUUGCGAGCAAUGUGGAAACAAAUUUUUAACGAAUUUAGACCUGAAGCUCCAUUCAACGACUCAUUCUGGCGAGAAACGAUACGUCUGUGAAAAGUGUGGAAAAGCUUUUGCACGUCCCGACGCUUUUGGCAUACACAAACGAUCGCACACCGGCUACAGGCCGUACAAAUGCAAGUUUUGUGGUCAACAGUUCGCUCAGAUAACAUCGAUGAAAGUUCACGUUCGACUGCAUACGUUGGAGAAGCCUUACAAGUGUUCGCUGUGUCCGCUGAGCUUCGUGUCGAGGACCUACCUGAAUACGCACAUGAAAAAGCACAAUACAGUCACAACGAAAGAGUUGACUCAAACAUGAAAUUGCGUCAGUGCAAUUGGUUGAUGGAUCGAUGUGAUGUGGAAAUAAAAGUGAUCAGAACCGGUGAA